ACUUUAUUGGACAGCACCGAGGAGAUGUUGCAAUUUAAAUGGCGAAAGUCAUUGCUUGUUCUGGCGACUUUGACAAUUAGGCAAAUUUGAAAGCUUGGGUAGAGCUACCCUUUCCAGUGAAAACUAAGCAGCAAGAUAUUGAGCAAUACAAAGAGGCGUGUUUUUGUUUAUAUCUGAUGUCAGCCAAAGAAAAAAGCUGUACUUUAAAUGAACCGCAGUCUGCUCGUACCCUACAGAUUCUGAGUAUGGCAGGAGUAACUUCAAGAGCAGUCUUCACUAAACCCAAGGUUGAACUUCACUGUCAUCUUGAUGGGGCCAUAAGACUUAAAACUAUUCUGCACUUUGCCAAGAAAAGAAAAAUCCAAAUACCAGCCGAAAAUGAAGAUGAGCUUCACAAACUGAUAACCUGCAGCAAACCAUCAACACUCACUGAGGUCUUAUCAAAGUUCAGCUACUACAUGCCCGUGAUUGCAGGUGACCGAGAGGCUAUUCAACAAAUAGCCUAUGAACUGGCCGAGGAUAAAGCAAAAGAAGGAAUUGUCUACCUUGAAGCGCGAUACAGCCCACACUACCUUGCAAAUUGCAAUGUUCAUCCUAUUCCAUGGGGACAAACUGAAGGUGAUAUAAGCCCAGAUGAAGUUGUUCAUCUGGUUAAUCAGGGCUUUCAGAGAGGGCAAUGUGACUUCGGCAUUAAAGUGAGAUCAAUUCUCUGUUGCAUACGUCACAUGGAAGCAUGGUCUCUUGAAAUUGUUGAGCUUUGUCAGAAGUAUCGAGAUGCUGGUGUUGUGGGAAUUGAUCUAGCAGGAGAUGAACUGAUGGACGCUGAAUCCCAUCCAGGCCAUGUCCAAGCUUAUGAGAUGGCUGUGAAAUGUGGGAUCCAUCGUACAGUUCAUGCUGGGGAAGCUGGACCUGCAUCAGGGGUGCGUGAGGCUCUGGAAAUUUUUAAGUCUGAAAGAGUUGGCCAUGGAUACGCAAUCAUAAAUGAUCCUGUACUUUAUAAGGAAAUACUAGAGAAGAAAAUCCAUAUCGAGGCAUGUCCCCAGUCAAGUGUUCUCACAGGAGCAUGCGAUCCUGAUUUCACAAAACAUCCAGUUGUCACAUUCAAGAAAGAUAAAGCCAACUUUUCGCUCAAUACAGAUGAUCCAUUGAUUUUUGGUUCAACAAUUUACACUGAUUAUAACAUAGCUGCAGAAUACAUGAACUUUACGGAAGGAGAUUUCAUGGAAAUGAAUCUCAAUGCAGCCAGUUCUAGUUUCCUUUGUCCAAAAGAGAAAGAAAACCUUCUUAAUUACCUGAAGAGAAAAUAUGGAAUGGCACAAGAUUUAUGUUACUAAACAAUUAUUAAAUAACGUGCAGUGUUAAUGAGCACCAAAUAAUUAUUGAAUGCCAACACAAUUUCCACUUAACUUUAACCACAGCUCCCAUUUGUAGCGGAUCUGUUUGUAUGAAUGCAACUUGUCUACUAUGUGCAUUGGCACGAGUAAACAAAUGAACAAUUAUAGAUGAAGAAAUGAUAGAACAUACAGAAGAUGAUUCCAAAGUGGUUCCUUGAAAUUAGUAGCAAUUAAGUUGUCAUCUGUACAUGGCUGGAAUCUUUCACCUCAACAACAGUUCAAGUUGGAUCAUACUGAACCCCAAAUUUUCUUAAUCAAAGCUGAGCUAGUAUGUGGCCAGAAAGAAGGGUUGAAAGCAGUGACAGAUAUUCCAGAAGUUAAGGCAAAUGAAAUUUCAUAAGCAGUAAAUUGUGAGGUACAAGCCCUCGUCUGAAAAGGUAAGUGUGGUUUGAGUGGUGCCUUUGUAAUUGCUGUGUAUCACAAUAGAUAUCGCUCACGUUUUAAUCUAAAAGCAGUAUUUAGGUUCAAAAGAGCAGACAUGGGUAGGUGAUCAGAAUAUUUUAAUGGUACACCACAAUGUUUACUUGUAUUGCUAAGUAUCAACUUUCAUCAAAGCCCUGCAGAAUUGAUGGCCCAAUUCUUGAUGGUACAUGUAUGCAGAGAUCACAAAGUCACUGGUUAGAUUAGAUUACUUACAUUGAAGAAACAGGCCCUUCAGCCCAACAAGUCCACACCGACCCGCCACCCACCCAGACCCCUUCACCUAACACUAUGGGCAAUUUAGCACAGCCAAUUCACCUAACCCGCAUAUUUUUAGACUGUGGGAAGAAACCAGAGCAAACCCACGCAGACACGGGGAGAAUGUGCAAACUCCACACAGUCAGUCACCUGAGGCAAAAAUUGAACCGGGUCUCUGACACUGAGGCAACAGUGCUAACCACUGUGCCACCGUGCCGCGACUUCUUUAAAUUUUUUGAGGGAUAGAUUGCUUCGUGUUUGAGAAGUAUGCACUAUGUGGGCUUCCAGGAAUGAGUUCCAAACUGGAAUUAUCUCAGUCUCCAGUAUCUAUCACUUCUUGUGCUUGGGAUAAAUUUAGAGAUACAAUUAUAUAGCAAUAGGAUUUGACUGAUGGAACUCUCAGUAUCAAACAAUUGUCUGAAAAAAAGUCUGGUAUUCUAUUUUGUAAAAUGUGCUAGCUCUAUGAUAUUUUGUUAUUUAACCUGGGUAAUUGCUUGAAACAUUUGAAAAGCUGAAUAAUACUUUAAACUGUACUUUACAACUUUAUUGACCUGAACUUUAAUGGAAAAUGCUUCAUUAAAAUUUACUGAAAAUGAUUAAA